AUGGCCAUGUCGCUGAGCCGCUUCUCCCAGUGGAUAUGGCCGGGGAGCAGAACUAGAAACCGCAGAGGCCGCGAGCCACCGGCGGUGAGCACGGCCGUGACGAAAGGCCUCUUCCCGGAUUCCCCGUCCGGGUUCCGGGAGCCAGACGCCGUCGGGCGCCCGGGCUCCGGCGUGGCACGGCCGCGUAAGGGCAAGAUCCGCCGGCGCGGCGGCCGUGCGGAGGAUAGAGUUGACGGCGAGCGCGGCAUGGUUAUCGUGCAGUCCGACGGCGACGGCUGCCUGUCUGACUCGGACUCCGACGGCUCCGACUGGUCCAUCGGCUGGCUCGAGCCGCUCGCGCCGGACCUACAGAGCGACGCGGACUCCGAGGGCAGCUUCGCCGUCCUCGUGCCGUGCUAUCGACACGGCCGCGCUGACCGGCCUGCCCGUCCUGAUGGUAGGUUCCCUGGUCCAGGUGGUGUCGCCCACGGCGGCGUUUCUGGUGAGCUGAAUAUGCUGCUCUUUCUUCAUUGA